AUGUUGAGUUUUUGUCCGGAUUGUGGUGGCACAUUACAAGUUGAAGAAGGCUCACAGUGCAUGCAGUUUUCAUGCCCAUGCUGUCCUUUUGUUUGUCCUAUAACUAGAAAGAUCAGUAGUCGAAUCUACCCGAAAUUGAAAGAUUUAGACGAAGUUCUCGGAGGUCCAAGUGCUUGGGAAAGUGCCCAAGUAACUGACGAGCGUUGUCCCGUGUGCUCGCAAAACAGAGCAUAUUUUCUGGAGUUACAAACGAGAUCAGCAGACGAACCGGCUACUAUAUUCUACCGGUGUGCAGAUAAUAAGUGUGCUCACAGGUGGAAGGAUUAA